UUCCAGAAAAGGAUGGCGGUUCGGCAAAACGUGAAAAGUUUCUAUUCUCGGAUCAAUUAACCGAUAUGGGACGAUACCGCCGUGUUCCUAGCUUCCCGUUAUCCUUUUCGAGUGACGGCAGUGCGUACCGAAGGGCACCAACCCCAGCAGUUCAGCCUAGUUUGCCUCGUGCGAACGGCCAAGUGUGAGCGGUGGUGUGAGCGAUAUAGCAGGUGGUGUGAGCGAGAUAGCGUGGCUUUACGGUUUCUCUGGAUUUUCCCGGAUUCGCGGUCGCGAGUCCUCCCCCUCCUCCUCUCCCGAUCGAUAAGCCCAAGAGGAUAAGACGCCGGCAUCGUUAUUUACUGAAAAUACUACCGACGCAACCGGAAAACCCGCCUCAGCCAACUUUGUUUGGCCCGCCAGACCAGAGAAAAGCAAUUAUUUUCAUUAUGAGUGAAGAGGAACUUAUUUUUAGCGCCAUCGGCAGUGAUAACGUGAAUCAUUUCGAUCUGAAUGUCAUCGCAAACACUCUCGCCAGCACCGAUCGGCUGGUGCGCCAGAACAAACAGCAGCGCGAGGAGAAUGACAAGCUGAAGGAGAAGAUCGUGGCUCUGCGCGAAUCGGCACUGCAGAUCAAAACCCUGUACGAGACGGAAUCGGCGAAGGUGGCCCGGUACGAUGGCCAGAUCGAGUCCUACGCCAGCCAGCUCCGAGAGCUGGAACGACAGAAGAUGAACGCCGAAUCGGACCGGCUCGUGGCGGAAGAUAAGCUGUUGAAGCUGCAGACAAACUCGGAGCGCCGGAUCGAGCAAAACACUCGCCGGUACCAUGCGAUAUGCUGCGACAUGGUACGCCUGUGUUUGCCUCAGCCGUACACCACCAAUCAGCCACCCCCCGAGCUGAUGUCCAAGGCACGGGAUCUGGUGGAGCAUUUUACGAAUGCGGAAAAGCAAGGACUGCCGAUACAGGAUGAUGUGCGAGAAUCGAUACAGCAGCUAGCCUUCAAGAACCGGAAAAGGAAAAGGCUAGGCCGGAAAGAUUGCCACGAUAAGGAGUGUCAAACCGCACCGACGAACGGGGGGAUGCGGGAGAAGGCGAUCAACACCGAUCCUUACCCGAUUCGGCCGAUCGUUCAUCACUGUGCAACGGAUGUGGCCGAUCUCGAGCCGGUACCGAUCGUUCCCGAGCAGAAGAAGACGGUUUGCGACAAAAGCACGAUGCACGCCAUGACGACGAUCACGCGUGCGACCUGUACCUCGGCUUUCAUCAAGCGGAUCGACUUCGGUAUGAACUUCCCCGAGGUGACCCAUAAAUCGGUGGACGAGAUAUUGCGCGAAUGCGUCCCUCUGCCACCAUUACUGCUCUCUCCGAUCAAGGAAAUUGUCCCGCUUCGGAACACCAUCGAAACGCAAACGGAGACACUGGGAUCCUCGCGACAGCUCGUAUCCUGUGGUACGAUGACGGGGUUGAAGAACAUUCGCAAACGGAUAGAUUACCGGGCAACGUCACCGACGGAACCACUGGAGGGGUUGCGUACUUUCAUUAAGAAGGAAGAACAUGCGGACGAGCGUGCCGCGCAUCCGCACCUGGCCACACUCUGUCGGUUGCUCGGUGAAACGAUCUACACGAUGAUGGAGACCGGACGUCGGUUCGAUAUGCAGCGAUACAACAUGCUGUACGAGCAGCUGACGAUCAUUCGCUCUAUGCUAGAGGAGGACGGUCGCCGUGAGUCGAUGCUGAUGAGUGCAAUGUUCUCGAACGUACGGGAUCCGGCAGUUGGAAGGGCGACCGAAACUGGAUACCGAAAGGAUAGUAGGACUUCCUUUGUAGCUACCAAUCCUAUCGCCGUCAACAUCGGAUGCGUCACGUCGAACGAUGAAGGCAGCAGUGACAGUAGCGGUGCGGAAGAGCUUUGCAGUGUCGAUGCGACCUCUGCUGUCCUUCCGGAACCGGCCGUUCCGUUUGCGACGAUACCAGAAGCGGAAGUAGAAGCUACGUUCAUUCCAACAAUCAUCACCAAAGAAACGUCGGUUGACGAUAGUGUAUCGUUACCGCAACCCGAAGUGAGAAGAGUUGAGGAAGAUGCUCAAAGCAUAACAACGGUGAACGAAGAGAAGGCGGUAACUGGCACAAAACAAUCGGAAACAGAACUAGUGACGCUGCUUUCCACUACUACCACCACAGCCUCACCGGUAGAGGAAGAUGCAAUGGAUGAUGAUCGGAUAGCGCAGGAACUGCGACUCAUGGAGGAAGGAGACGAUGGCCCAGCUAAGCAAGUGGACAUCGCAACGGAUUGUGUGACGGAAGAACAAGAAUCAAUGCCAACUCCCAGUUCAACUAGCACCGCGGAUCAAACACCGCCCCGACCAUCGACACCACCGUCUCCUCGGUCUCCUCGGUCUCCUCCUUCUCCUCAGACUAGCAGGAGCACAACAUCAACGGCAACGUUCGUUUCACCGAUCAAGGUGAAGGAAACGAACGAAUUGGUCAAGGAUCAGUUCAAGACACCUACCGAGCUGCCGAUCGGGAUGCGCAAAAAGCUACGCAUUCGUCGAUCAUCUGAAGCCCUCUCCGGCGUGUCCCAUCCGUUUAAGCGACCUCGGUUAGAGUCUAGCACGUCUAGCGGGCGCUUGUCACCGACAUCGACCGAGUUUUUGCUAGAAGACGAUUGGGAUGCCAAGUUUUCUUUGAUGCGUGCCCAGCUGGCACCAAUCGGUGUUACAUCGCUGUGUGGUUUGACUCCACUUUCGCCCAUCCGCGAUCAAUCUUCGGAUGAGUCGGAAAAGGAGGAGGAGCAGGAGGAUGAGGCACUUGAAGCUUUAGAGACCGAUCAGAUGAUCGAAAAUGUAUCCUUAGAAGUCGAUGUACCUUUGGAAAGUAGUAGAGAAGCAACGAGUGAAAGCGACACAGGUACGAACGUCACGAUCGAGAGUCCUCCAGAGGCACCGGUUGUUCGAGAAGAAACACAUGAAACCAUGAGUCCGGCCUCGCCGGAUCCGCUCCCGGUCGAUGACGCCGAGAUGCCUAUCCAGGGAAAAGUUAUUGAGACAUUAGAGCAAGCGAUAGUUGUUUCUCCUGAAGGUAUUGUGGAAGACUCCGUGGUUCCUCAAUCACCGAUGUCACCGCCACCACCACCGCCACAGCCAUGCUCAUCGGACCAAAAGUUACAGAUAUUGCACAUAGAAACCCUGUCGCCAGCAUCACCCGAUGCCGAGCCAUUAGAUGUACCUCACUCUCCUAUCACUCUCGAUGUACCUCUCGAGUCGCCGCUUUCGCCACCGAUUCCCUCUACCUCAUCGGCUGACACCGAACCACCGCUUCCCCUUCGUAUACCUCUCGUGCACGAAGCCAGUCAAUUGAUGGGCAAACAAGCGGGUAGUAAACACGCCACGACGGGACCACUAUUCCGUGCGAUCGAAGAGUACAGUAACGAAUCCCGUCACGAGAUAAUCCGACGGAUGGCGGGAGAGUUGCAGCCCGAAGCCAAGAGCGCGAAGGAAGCGAUCACUGCGAUGAUACAACGCUACAUGGAUUCCUCCGAGUGGACGGAAGAUACCGUACGGGAGACAAGCAAGGUGGUGCUUGAGCGAUGCCAAGACGCUACGCUGAUCGCACAAUCGGUACUCGAUCUAAUCGUCUCCCGUGGAGACAUUAUUACGAACAUGAACUUCACCCCACCAGCCCCACCGUUACCGGGAACACAGCAAAAGCUGGUUCUGCUGGUCCGUUGGAUCGGCCGGGAACUGCGGACGCUCGAUCGUAUCAUCCUGCAGGAUCUCAAUCGUCGCGUGUUCACGUUUAAAAGUGAAUCCGUACCAUUGGUCGGGCUACUUGCGCUCACCUAUAUGUACGUCGCGCUCGAGGACAGUCGACCGGUGGAGCGACGCAGGAUCAAUACGGCUCGAUUGUACAUUUUCAAGUGCCUGUACUAUUUCGGCUUCAAGUGCAUCCCGCUGAUACAUGUGGUGCUGCGAGCGUUUCCGCUGACGCUGCCACGGAUGGGUAGUGCCAACUUCGACAACAGUGAUACCCUCGUCAACACCAUCCGGACGGUGCUGAUGAAUAUGAAGUAUGGUGAUGAGACGAAAACUAAGGGUGUUACCGCGGCCUUCUACCGGAAGCGGGAUCUGUUCAAUCUGCUCAACACACACUACGGUUACCAGCGGGGUAGCCCGACGUACGAGGAGCUGCUGGUGAACCUGAUGGACAAGCUGCGGGCCAAUCGGUUGCGCAACGUAUCCUACUCGUUGAUCCUAGUCGCCAAGCGGAAUGGGUUCGAGUGGGCCCGCAAGCACAUCAUCCAGAAUCGGCUGCAUCCCCUACUGAGCGAGUACAUGCGUCAGUUUGAGCAAAGCUGUCGGGCAGGAGGAAACGCGGAGCGGGCGGAAGCAACCAACAGCAGCUCGAUGGUGGUGGGGCUCGAUGAGCGGAUAGUGGCCUGUAUUUUUGCCGUAUCGUCCAUCCUCAAAACGCAACCAUCGCACGAGGACGUGACGGGUAUGAUGCAAAUCUUUACCACCAUCGUACAGCUGGCGCACCGCCAUCCGAUGAUACAGGAGGCAGCGAUAGCGGGCUUGAUGCGGUUUUCGCGCUUUGGCCAGGUCGCCAUCUACGAGCGGAUAAGCAUGUGGUAUCCUACGCAUCAGAUCAGCGAUCGACUUAAGCUUAUGCUAACCACGAUGGUACAUCGGAAGAAUUCCACGUUCUGGAACAUGCUCGCCAAGAAUCGUGUCGUGUGAACGGCGACAUCUCGGUCUCUUUUCUACGUUCUUUCUACGUAGGAGCUAUAGAUGAUUUCCCUUUCCUUUUGUCCUCAAUUAUGUGAGACUGUUCCCCUAUUUAAAUGCUCCCCUGUUUAGCCUAUUCGUACACUCUAUACUCUGCAGAAUUCGGUUCUGUGACGUUUUUAACUCUACUCUGCUUGAUCAUCUUCUGCUUCGAUCCAAAACGCCGUACCCCAACUAUCCCCCUUUCCCUAGUUCUCCACCUCGUGCCUCGUGGAAGGGUGAUCUGGAGUUUGAAAUUGAAGAAAUAUAGAGGAAAUGAAUUUUAAUUC